UAUUUUUAAUACCAAAGCAAAGUUCUUAUCAAUCUGUUGUUUGCAAAACAUCUUAUUGGAUAUAACAAAGCUUCCUGUUAUUUUUUUACAUCAAAUUUGAUAUAUUCAUUCAAACUUGUGUUUAUCAAAUUACACAUACCUAUUUGUUUUGCAACUGAUUGCAACAACAACAGCUCAAGAACACGUGUCAAAUCAAAGUUGACAAAAAAAAAAAAACCAAAAAGAACUGUUGAUGCUUGAUACACCUUUGUUCAUGUUAAUUACUCAAUAACAAAAAUAUUUUCUUUGUUUACAAAAUAACUGAAAAAAUCAGCAAAACAAUUUGUUCAAAUAAAAAAUAAAAAUGUCACAAGAAGAAUCGGACCUAGAAGUCAUUGACAUUGACAUUGUCUCAGAGCCAUCAAGUAGCAAGAGUAAUAUACAAUCACAAUCAUCAGGAGCUCGUUUGUCAUUGCAAGGUACAUUCAAACGUCAUCAGGUAAAAGUAAACACUGAUGUACUAAUAGAAAAAAAAUCUUUACAACCUUGGAUAAAAGCUAAAGUAUCAUCUCUUCCAAGAGAUUCAAUCAUGACAUACAGAGUUAAAUUAUUACCAAAAAAAUUUAAUAAUCAAAUGAAAGAUGUAUUUGGUAAACAAUUGGCAGUAUUUAUACCUGCAACAGCUAAAAUACCAGUUGCAACAAGAGUCGCUGCACUGUACAAAGAAAGUAAAAAUUCAAAUUAUUGGUCUGGUAUUGUUGCUGAAUGUCCAAAGUCAACAAAUGGUCAAAGAUAUUUAAUUUUUUAUGAUGAUGGAAGUACACAAUACGUCAAUCAUGAUGAUGUAUUUGUUGUUUGUGAAUCAUCAAGUGAUGUAUGGGAUGAUGUACCAGAUGGUAAUAAACUUUUUAUCAAAAAUUAUCUAUCAAAAUAUCCAGAAAUACCAAUGACCAAACUUGCACCAAAUCAAGAGCUAAAAACUGAAUGGAAUUGUAAAUGGUGGAAAACAAAAGUAUUAUCAGUUGAUGCUAGUCUUGUACAGUUAUAUUUUGAAGCUGAUAAAAGAACAGAAUGGAUUUAUCGUGGUUCUUUGAGGCUUGAACCACUUUAUCUAGAAAGUUUAAAAAAUCCAGCUAUGUUUCAGCCAACUUGCAAUAAAAAUAAAGAAAAUGUAUCAACAACAUUACCAAAAAAAGAAGCAAAAUCAUCAGAUAAUUUAAAUACACCAUCAUCACCAUCAUCAUUACCAAAUACAAUAUCAUCACAUGGACUUGUUGCAACAAAAAAAGUAACUCAAAUACGAACAUCAACUAGAGUUAAAAAUCAAGAAUCUGUUGUUGGUUUACCACCAGUUGGACCAUUGAUUAAAACACCAGCUGAAAUUGGAGCAAAUGUUUUGGUUAAAAUACAUCCAUUUAUGCCUUGGGCUCAAGCUAAAGUAUUAGAAAUUAAAUCACGUAUACCAUUGGAGUAUUUGAUAAAAUAUAAAUCAGCAAAAUUUAAUAAUCAAACAAAAACAGUACCAGCAAAAGAUUUAGCAGUUCAUCAAGCAGCAAUGGUUAUUAUUCCAGUAAAUACAAGAGUUGUUGCUAUAUUUGAAGAUACACAAUCAAGUAAAUAUUAUUCUGGUGUUGUUGGUGAAUGUCCAAAUAUCAAUAAUGAUUGGAGAUAUUUAGUAUUUUUUGAUGAUGGUUAUUGUCAAUAUGUAUAUCAUGAUAAAGUACGUUUUGUCAAUGAAAGUUCACCAAGAGUUUGGGAAGAUGUACCAGUUGAAUUACGAGAUUUUAUUAAAAAAUAUCAUGAUUCAUAUCCAAAACGUACAAUGAUUAAGUUGACAAAAAAUCAAACUGUUCAAACUGAAUGGAAUGGCAAAUGGUAUGAUACUGAAGUCGUUGAUGUUGAUGCCAGUUUAGCUCAAAUAAAAUUCAACAAUGAAGACAGAACAGAAUGGAUUUAUCGAGGUUCAAUGAGAUUAAAGCCUAUUUAUAAAUCUGAAAUGGAACAUGAACAAAAAAAACAAGAAGAGCCUGUUGUAAAAAAAUCUAAAAUUUCAGAGCCAAUAAUUAAAACUGAACCAAAAGAAAGAGAUUUUACAAAACAACCAAGAACACCAAAACCAAAAGCUAUUCCAAUACCAAAAGCUAUUCCAAUACCUAAAGCUAUUCCAAUACCUAAAGCUGUUCCAAUACCCAAAGCUGUUCCAAUACCCAAGACUAUUCCAGUAGCCAAAAAAAGCAAACCUGUACAAACAAAUAAAACUCGAGGAGUAAGUAUUGACUCAAUAAAUAAAUCAUUGUCACCAUCACAAUCAUCAUCAUCAUCAGCACUUUCAUUGUCAACAUCACUUGGUAAUUUUAAUGGCAUGACAAUUGAUUCAUUGAAUGACGUGUCAAUACAAGAAGAGAUAGUAAUAAAUGGUACUGAUGAUAAUGAUGAUAUUAUAAUUAAUAAUCAAGAUGAUGCAUCAGUUAAUAACAAAAAUAAAAUUAAUCUUGAAUAUGGUUUACCAUCUUCUGGUCCAUUAAUACGUCGUCGUGUUGAAUGUAACUGUAAAGUUCUAGUCAAAAAGAAUAGUUCAAUGCCUUGGAUUGAAGCAAAGGUUAACUCAAUAAUAUCACAACAUCCUGCAUUAUAUCGUGUUAAAUAUGUUCAUAAAAAAUAUAAUAAUAAAUUAACAAGUGUAUUUGGUAAUGAUCUUGCACUUUGUUUAGUAUCAUCAGUUAUUAUUCCAGUUGGUACACAAGUUGUUGCAACAACUGAUGAUUCAACAUUUAUGGAAGCAUGUUAUUUUUAUGGUGUCAUUGCUGAACAACCAAAGCCAACAAAUAAAUACAGAUAUUUAAUAUUUUUUGAUAAUGCUACGUUAAAAUAUGUUGUACACAAAAAUAUAUAUAUUAUCAGUGAAAACAAAUUAAAUUUUUGGGAAGAUAUGCCAAAUGAAAUACGUGAUUUUGUUAAAAUUUAUUUUGAAAAAUAUCCAGAAUGUAAUAUGAUUAAAUUACAUGAAAAUCAAAUAUUAAAAACUGAAUGGAAUGGUAAAUGGUGGUUAUCAACAGUAUUAAAACUUGAUUCUAGUUUAGUACAAAUUUUUUUUAAUAAAGUAGGAAGAACUGAAUGGAUUUAUCGUGGUUCAGGAAGAUUUAAAACACUUGAUCAAAAUAAAACAGUAUCUGUAUUACCAGAAAAACUUGAUACAACUGAAUCUGAUGUUGGUGCAACAUCAACAAUUACAUAUUCAUCUUCAUCAUCAUCAUUAUCAUCAUCCUCAUAUGAUUAUAAAUCAGUUGCUAAAAAAAGUACAUCAAGUCAACAACAACAACAACAACAACAACAACCACAAGUAUCAACAUUUGAAUCAACAUUUGAAUCAAUAUUUGAAUCAACACCUUCAAGUCCACAAAAAACAUUGCCAUUAAAAAGAAAAAUACCAUUAUUAAAAAAACGAUCUGAAGAAUUUACAAAGACAAAAAUUUCACAUACACAACAAUCAUUAAGUCCACCAAGAUUACCAAGUACAAAAAAACCUUCACACAGUAUUGUUCAAUACAAAACACAAAAUAAUAUAAGUCCAGUUACUUUUAUAUCUCAUAAAUGUAGUUCAAAAUGUAUAAAACAUAUACCAUAUACACCUGAAGAUUUUAAGGGUUACUCAAUGUUAUCAAUACCAUUAUUAUGUGGCUGGAGUAGACAACGUUGUAAAGGUAAUAAUAAUAAUAUUGAAAUUAUAAUUUAUCAAGCACCAUGUGGUCGUAGAAUUGAAAAUAUAAAACAUUUACAUAAAUAUUUAAGUAAAACAAAAUCAUCAAUGUCAGUUGAUUUAUUUGAUUUUGAUCAUUUUACAAAUUGUUUAACUGAAUUUGUCAUUGAUACGUGUUAUGUUAAUAUUAAAGAUUUAAGUUAUGGUAGUGAAAAUAUUCCAGUACCAUGUGUCAAUGAAAUUGAUUGUAUUCAUCCAGAAUCAAUACGUUAUACAACUAAAAGAGAACCAACUGAGGGAGUACAUUUAAAUCUUGAUACAAAUUUUUUAUGUGGAUGUGAUUGUGAGGAUGAUUGUUCUGAUAAAACAAAAUGUCAAUGUUGGCAAUUAACAAUGCAAGGAGCAUCAUUUGAUGGACGUGUACCAACUAAUUAUGUUGGCUAUGUAUAUAAACGUUUACCUGAACCAGUUAGUACUGGUAUUUAUGAGUGUAAUGCAAAUUGUAAAUGUUCUGUUAACACAUGUUUAAAUCGUGUUGUUCAACAUCCAUUAAAACUUAAAUUACAAGUAUUUAGAACAUUAACUAGAGGCUGGGGAAUAAGAUGUCUAAAUGAUGUACCAAUUGGUUCAUUUAUAUGUAUUUAUGCUGGUAGAUUAUUAACUGAACAAGGAGCAAAUGAAGGUGGUAAAAAUUAUGGUGAUGAAUAUUUAGCUGAAUUAGAUUAUGUUGAAGUUGUUGAAGCAAUGAAAGCUGAUUAUGAGGGUGAAGCUAUUGAACCAUUAACUGAGGAUCCAUUAUCACUUGAUGAUACAAUUUCUAAUCGUAGUCCAAUUAAAAAAUUUGGCACGUAUGAAUAUGAUCAUGAAUUUAUUAUUGAACAUUAUGAUGGACCAAAUUUAAAUGGUCAAACAAUUAAAAAAAAAUUAAGAAAAAGAAAAUAUAAUCAUGAUGAUGUUGAUGAUGAUGAUGAUGAUAAUGAUAUUAUUGAUUUAGGUAGUAGUGAUACUGAUACCGCAGAAGAAAAAGAAUGUAAUACACCUGUAACAUCAAAAAUAAGCAAUAAAAAAUCACGUGAUAAAUCAGUUUUAGACUAUUAUGGUCCAAAUGAAAGUAUAUAUGUUGUUGAUGGAAAAACAGCUGGUAAUAUUGGAAGAUACUUUAAUCACUCUUGUGAUCCAAAUGUUUUUGUACAAAAUGUAUUUGUUGAUACUCAUGAUGUUAGAUUUCCUUGGGUUGCAUUUUUUGCAUCAAAAUUUAUUCGAGCUGGUGAAGAACUUACUUGGAAUUAUAAUUAUGCUGUCAAUAGCAUUCCUGGCAAAUCAAUUAUUUGUCGUUGUGGUGCAAAAAAUUGUCAAGGUCGUCUUCUCUAAAUAUAAAUACGCAAUGAAUAAAUAAAAGUAAAAUAAAG